UGGAUUGUACUCCUAUCAUUCCCCAUUGCUGCAUCUGCAGCUUGUAUCCAUGGUUUUGAGAUCACACACAGGGAUGGGUUAAAGUAGUGGAAGGCUGUUGGAUUUUAGUGGAGUUGCUGACUUCUUAGUUACAGACUGCACAGCAAUCAGAUAACGGGAAGCAAGCAAUUUGAAAAGAAGGAGUGAAAAAGAAAAACAGAGAAAAGCAAGAGGAAGAACAAACCCUGAAAGAAAAGUGUGAAUGAAACAGCAGGAGUGUAAAAGAGAAGGCAAAAGGGUAGGAGGUGAGGAGGAAAGGCAAAGAAAAACUAGAAAAAAUAUUGUUUGAAAAGCCUAAGACCGGGCUGCAAAUUUGCAAGUGGGAACACCUAAUAGAGCAUGUUAAAAUCAGGAAACUAUCAAACGAAGAAGAGAAGAGAAGACUGAGAAAACAAUGAAGGAAAGUUGGAGGAAGAUCAAGAGCAGAAGAAACUAUAGUGAAUUACUUGGAAAUCUGGCAAAAAAGAUGGACCCAGAAAGGGAACACUUUUAGGGGAUAAAAAUGAAACUGAAUGGGAUACAGACAUUGCUCUCUUCUCCUUUCCCUUGUUAGCUGGAUUUUGCAGGACUCUGAUGGAAUAAACUGGCUUCAGAACAGGUAUCUAUUCCCUCAUGAAAGGAACCGAAGCUUUUACAGCCUUGGGACACCAUUUGUGUGUGUCCGGUGUGUGAUACUCCCAAUCACACACAAGAUCGGAAGCUGUUCAGCUUUAUAAUAAGAAGUACCUCAUGAUAAAACGAGUCAUGGGCAGCAUCCGGGUAAACAGGUACAGCAUUGUUUCCACUGAAGAGGAUGGACACAAAGUCUCCUCCCUUGGCAGUCUUAAUGAGCAGAGUCGUAAUGGGAAAGGUCAUGCCCCUCGACGGAAACGACGUAACCGUUUUGUCAAAAAGAAUGGCCAGUGCAAUGUCUACUUUGCUAACCUAAGCAACAAAUCUCAACGUUAUAUGGCUGAUAUCUUCACUACUUGUGUGGACACUCGUUGGCGCUACAUGCUCAUGAUCUUUUCAGCAGCCUUCUUGGUCUCAUGGCUAUUCUUUGGUCUGCUGUUUUGGAUCAUUGCCUUCUUUCAUGGUGACUUAGAUGUCCCAGGUGCAGGGAGUGGUUCCGUUGCUACAAAAUUCUGCAUCAAACAUGUCAACGGGUUCUUGGGAGCUUUCCUCUUCUCAGUGGAGACCCAGACAACCAUUGGUUAUGGUUUUAGAUAUGUGACUGAGGAAUGCCCACUAGCUAUCAUGGUGGUUGUGGCGCAAUCCAUUGUAGGCUGUGUUAUUGAUUCUUUCAUGAUUGGCACCAUCAUGGCAAAAAUGGCACGCCCCAAGAAAAGGGCCCAAACCCUACUCUUCAGCCAUCAUGCUGUCAUCUCUCUGCGGGAUGGCAAACUCUGCCUCAUGUGGCGGGUGGGGAAUCUAAGGAGGAGCCAUAUUGUGGAAGCUCAUGUUCGGGCCCAGCUUAUAAAACCCUAUAUGACAGCAGAAGGUGAGUAUCUUCCAGUAGACCAGAGAGAUCUGAAUGUGGGCUAUGACAUCGGCCUUGAUCGUAUCUUCUUAGUGUCUCCCAUUAUUAUUGUUCAUGAGAUCGAUGAAGAAAGUCCACUCUAUGGGAUGGGCAAGGAAGAACUGGAGAGAGAGGAUUUUGAGAUUGUUGUUAUCCUUGAGGGUAUGGUGGAAGCAACAGCCAUGACCACUCAGGCUCGUAGCUCCUACUUGGCUAGUGAAAUCCUUUGGGGCCAUCGUUUUGAGCCUGUUGUCUUUGAGGAGAAGAAACAUUAUAAGGUGGACUAUUCACGUUUCCACAAGACUUAUGAGGUGGCUGGAACUCCUUACUGUUCUGCUCGGGAAUUGCAGGAGAGCAAAAUUACCAUCCUGCCUUCACCUCCUCCACCUCCUAGUGCCUUCUGCUAUGAGAAUGAAUUGGCUCUUGUCAGCCAGGAUGAAGAUGAGGAGGAUGACUUGGAUGUUGGAGUAGAUUUGGGAGGAGGUCCAAAGGAUGAUGCAGGAGUCAUACCAAUGAUGGAGUUUGGGAGCCAUAUGGAUCUGGAUCGAUUGCAAGUCUCCAUUCCUCUGGAUGCACUCUCAUACCGUAGGGAAUCAGCCAUCUGAACUGCCAUCUUGAUUUUCAUCCCACUUAUAUUCCCUAAAUGUUUCAUUACUGCUCUAGCACAAGCUUUUGGUUGGAAAAUCCCUACUGUACUUCUACCAACUAUUGAAUAUAUAUAGACAUGACACUUGCCUGGUGUUGGACAAUCCAAGCUUCCUGCCAUGCAGUUAUCAAUUGGUUUUAAAUAUCCUGAAUUUAGAACAGAACCAAGGUCAUUUCUCCUCAUUUUCACACUUCUCUUUUCUGUGGCUUAAAACUGUGACAAAGCAGCAACAGAUGUGACACACUAAGAUAAGAUGGGACAUGUUUUGCUAAACUGCCAGCAGUAGCAGAGAGACCAAUAAUAUUGCUGCAGGACAAGGAAGCUGCAAAUAUUAGCAAGCUGAAUGAAACUGGUGUUUCUCAGUGUCAUAGAGAGUUCUGGCAGUGGCAUAUAAUUUGCAUGUAUAUUAUUUGUUGCAUACAAACUCUUCAGGAGAAAAUAGCUCUAGCUUUCUCAAACAUGUACAGUUAAUCUCAGUCUCAUCCUGGUUCUUGGUAUCCAUGACUCCCUAAGUAAGUUAAUACCAAGUGUUCUGAUCCAUUUAAAAUUUCUGUUCCUUCCCAUAGAAAUGCAAACGGGGCAAAUCAGAAAUAUGUGCAAGAGGAGAUUUUACAAAUUGAGUCAGAAUUCAAAUGACUUUUAACUGGUCCUUUCUAAGCAAUGCAAUCUAUAUGCCCACUUCACCUUCCAAUGUUCUCUGGAAAAUUCAUUUGGAACUGUUUAUUUUUAAAUAAAGUAUACAAUUUAAUAAAAUAUAAAAGACUGGAAACAAAGUGGGGAGGGGCCUUUACUGCAUAAUGCUUUAUCUACUAUUUGCUUAAUGAUGGUGAGUUACCUUUCACCUACUAAGUGCCCUCCAGCUGCAUUGAACUGCAAGUCCCACCAUCCUCAGUCAGCAUGGCCAAUGACCUAGAAAGAGAGAGGGGGAAAAGUUCAAUAAUUUAUGUCUGGAUUAGCAUCUGCUUGAUGGUUACAUAAUUCAACCUUAAUCAUGCAUACAGUUGGAGGAAGCAUCUGUGGCUUUUCAAGUGUUAAUGAAGUACUACUUGCAAUAUUCUUUUAGACCUGGUUGGCUGAUGAAAGUUGGCUUCCAACAUGACCUGGAAGGCUACAGGCCUCCCGUUUCUAUGGUAAAGGUUGAAAACAUGAAACAGUGUUGACUCUAGCAAACACAAACGUGAAACACUGCAAGACUCUAAACAUGAAUAACAUAAUAUACAUUGAACUGAGGUAAAAUGAGGAUAGGAACAAUUCAUUUUACACAUACCACACACAAAUGAAUUUUAAAAAGACAACAAGAAUUACAUUAGCUUGGCAAGCUUAAGAAAUCAAAACAAACAUUAUGGAUGUGGGUUUUUUUUAGAAUUGAACGAACUGAAAAGUUGAGGUGAACAAGAAUUUAGAGAAGAAGAAAAUUAAUAAUGAAUAAACAAAAAUAGAAUGUUAUUCUAAAAGGGGCACUUUUAUACAUUUUAACCAUCUUUUAUAUAAGCGACUAAUUAGAAAAAAGUAAGUUUGUCUUGAGCCAAGGUCAACCCUGCAUUUUUCUUGACAACCAUACAAAAGUGAUUUGUUGUCUUCUCUUGACUUCUCAGUCUAACUUACAGCCUUGGGCCUUCCUAGUGACCCCUCACACAAUUACUAACCAGAUCCAAUUCUGCAUAACAUUUUGAAAUAAGAUUAGCUGCUAGGUCAUCACACAAAUGUUUCAUUAAUUAGGCAAUAAACAUGCACAGAUGCACAUUUAAAAAUAAUUGCUAUGUUUUGAAAUGUAACAGUUUUUUUAAAAAAAUGUAAUACUCCUAGUCAUUGUGGGAAAGAAUGAGACCAGUAUGAAUAGAUGACCUUAAAGCUUUUGAUACGUCUCCCAAUUGAUCUUUAUGUUGAAACUGGCCUUGAAAUGCUUUCAUGUAGAAAAUUGUUCUCUGACAGCCUUUUAUAGAGAAAACAAUAGUAUCUACUCAUGCUCAUCAAAGAUCACUUGGCCAUACUCCUUUGGUUACACGUUGUUGAAAAUCCACUGUGUUUACUGCCCUAAAAUUGCCCAUUUUUAAAUCAGAUUUGGCUCUGUACUUUUAAUAGCACUAGGUUGAAUUAAAGUAUUCCUUUAAAAAAGUAAACAAAGAUUCCAAAAUACCAAAUUUCCAAGCAUUCAAUAAGUCCUCCUAUCAUAAUAUGCUCCAUUUUUGUAAUAAUGAAUGAAGAUAUUAGUGUCAUCAAUUAGGUUAUCUUAGAACAGUUUAAUACCUGGAAGAACUGUCACCCAUAACAAGAUUUGGACAUUAUGUGCCAAAACUUUGAUUACUCCUGUUUGUACCUCUUUCUCCUUUUCUAAAUCAACACUGUUACAUUGGUAUACAGGAUUUUCUUUUGGAAUGCUAAUCUGAAUUGUACAAAUGCUAUUCUUUCUAUUCUGAAAUAAGAAUUUGAAAGAAGGUUGUACAGUAUGGACAUUCAAUAAUCAGAUUAACUCUGUUUGCUCAGAUAAGAAUUUUCCAUGACAUGGACCUGAUCUUUGAGACAGGAAUCUACUGGUAGUUAUUACUGGAAGCUUUGGCUUCCUUCAAAAUACAUCUAUUCUUAGGGCAUGCCAUGUACAUUUUGAUUCAGGCUUUUAGAGCAUUAAAAAUCAUAUCCCGGUCUAGAUAGGCAACUUUCUAUGUUCUUUUCAGCUGCUGCAGAUUUUUUGCUCAUCUUUCUGAAUAUGCAGCAGCAAUCUAGUUAUUUUGUCCAGAAAGCUUGCAUUCCAUUUAUAAUUUUUACUAUCAAUUGUCAUUUUAAGAACUGAGUAGCGGUCUAUCAUUGUUCAAUUCAACUAUUAAAAAGGACUCACUUUGAACACAAAAACAGACUUUUUCAUACCUCACACUUUAUUCUCUUCAUCAAAUGUUUGUGUAGUUGGUAGUAUAUUUUAGGAGGAUGACACAAAGUCUCUCUCUCUCUCUCUCACACACACACACACAUACACAUACACAUGUGCGCAUACCCAUAUAUAUGUACACCCGUACACACACACACACACAGAGAGAUACAGUUCUUUCAAUGAAAGUUUAAAACUAUUUAAAAAUUUUGUUUUUUUUCUUUUUUCCUCAGAAAUGAUUUCUCAAAGAGAUGUGAAUCAAUAUAUUUACCUCAAAUUUCUAACCUUUUAGAAAUGCAGACAUUCCUUUCUAUUACAAACAAAAAAGCACAUACUUUCCUACAGAAGUAGGAAACUUCUGCAAAAUGUCAUUAUCAAUUACAUAGCCAGUACUAAAAUUGCAAGAAUCAAGCUGAAAACUGGGAAUAGUAAUAAUCUGUUACUACUUCCGGAACCGCACCAAACAAAAAUGUGGUAAAAUUCAUGAGUUUAGUCUGGGAUGAACUGGGAAGUGACCAUUAGUGCCUGCUCUGAAUACAAAGAUUAAAAAGGUAGAAAGAAAUGAAGCACAAAGUUCACACCUGUUAAUUUCUAAUAUUUUCAAAUCUAAGUAAUGUAUAUUUCUAAGAUCCCAAAAUUAUUAUUUCAUAACAACUGGAAAGUCUGGAAAGGUUUGCUGGGGGGGAGAAUGAGGAGUGAAGAGCCCAAUGGCUGACAUUGAAACCAAACAUUUCCUGGAGCAAACGUCCCUCACAAAUGUCUGCUUUUACUUUUUGUGCUUAACAGGCUUGAAAAAUGUAUGAAAGGGAAAUAAAAUAU